AUGAAACAGCGUUUAAUAGAAGUCCUCCUUGAUGCCAGAAAAUCUGUUAAACAUAAAUACAUAUCCUUAAAGCGUGAUUUUGCGCUGGCAGAACGUAAAUCCGAGCAACAUCUUAAACCCAUUACACAACCGCUGAAGCAACUGCUUACUAAAGCUACACCUCAGAAUUUUAAACGUGAAAAUAUUAAACAUGAUAGUGCCGACGUGACCUCAUCUACAGAGACCCUACUUCGGACCCCUCUAAAAGCGUCUACUGCUCAACGAAUCCCUAAAACCCUUUUUUCGGAACACGAGGAACAACCGAGCUUUUUAGACACGAGCGUGAUUGCCGACACCACUCGCGAUGAUGAAACGCCAACUCUAGAUGAAUUAAGAGCUGAGCUCUCGCGGGCUGGCGACCAUCCAUCUUUUACGGAAUUCUUAGAUCAAUACGAUGGAUUGGCGAAGAUUUAUGUGGAGCAGAUGUUCAGAUCUACAGAGAAUGAAUUUGAUCAUCGAUAUGGUGUACGAUACAUCCCGGAAGCCAAUAAAUUCUACGUUGGAGAUUCCGAGUUGGACUUUGACAAACAAGAUUUGGUUCUCAAACUUCCUACAGGAGACACAGUAGCAUAUAACGGAACUCCUGGUCUAUACGAGCUACUGUUUAAGAGGCAACCUCUUGGGUACAAAACCGCAGAUGAGAAUAACUAUCGUGACAUAUUGCUCCGCACUAAUGCAAUACGACGUCAUUACAAUCCAAAUGAACAAAUUCAAGGCACCGGAAAAAAGUACAGCAGCAUCAUUAAACCACUUUUUAGUACCCGUGUAUCAGUUCCCAGAAUUCAAACUUCCUCUGUUAGCACAAGGAAAGGGAAAGGUAUUCAAAUGUUACAAUUAAACAACAAGCGAAUAGAAUUUAUGCCCUGGAGCAACCCCAACAAAUUAGUUAACUGGCUGCGGGUUUUAUUGGGAUCUCAAUCCGCAGGGAACACGAACAAUCACAAUGAAAUCAUAUACAUCAUAGAUGAAUUGCGGAAUGCUGAAAUAAUAAAGUAAUUUAGUUGGUAAUGUGUUCUUAAUAAAUAAAUAGUGAGA